AAUAUAUAACAAAAUAUGGAAAAUAUACAAAUAAGACAAAGACGUGAGGUUGACGUAGAGAAACCAGUGAAAUUUUAUUUUGGGAGUACAUCAGAAAAUAUAAACAGCAUUCGUUGUGAAUCACCUGGUAGUGACAUUUCGUCCCCGGGCUCACCAGAUAGUUUAUCUUGGAAUGAGUCGGCAAUGCUGUCAUGUUGGAACAGUGUACAUGGUCUAACAGAGGAAGUUAACAAAAUUACUGAAUCAGGAAGCAAAGGUUUUUUGCGGUCAUUGUCAUUUUCAGCAAAAUCUUUACAAUCUGAAAUAUUAAGGACUUCAUCUUAUGCAAAUAUCAGACCCGUAAGUGAGUUUUCAGGGUUAUCAGGAUCCAGCUCUGAAAACAGUCCUGGGAACGGAUUCCGUAGAUCUGUUUCCUAUAUAGACCACAAUGACAACAAAAGUGAUGAAAUGUCAAAGCAGCCGAUGUUGAGUAAUUGUAAAAGACAUACUAAAUUAACAAAUUCUAGCAAUAACUGCCGUAAAAGGGUUUCAGGAACAUUUAAUGACACUCAGCGAUAUUCUUUGAGUAGUUUAGCAGAGGAAGCAGGGUCUAGCAUUCCCAGUGAAUGUCAGAGAAGGUCAAUUGCUGGUGUGCCAAGAAAGACUAAUAAUAAUUGUAAGAGAAGAAGUUGUGAACCUCAAAAUGAUAGAUGUCAAGUCUCAGAAAAGGAAUGUGCAGAAGCAAAAAGUAAUUUACAACAAGAAAUACCAGAAAAAAAUCCGGCAUUCCGGCAGUCCUCUUACCCAGGUCUGCGCGAAAGGACGUUAAUUCAAAAUGAAAGUAAAAGACAUUCGAUGCCACUUCCAUUGAUAUAUAAGAAAGAAAUGAUGAACAAAGUUAUCUUGUCACAAAACAAAACAUCUGAUCAUGUUGUUGAAAUAACUGAUACGGUUCCAGAGCUGUUUCAGAAUAUACGUGGAGCGACCCAGCGGGAUAUCUUCGAGGAGAUGGAACCACGCCAGCCGGAACCGACGAAAGCAUGUUACGAGGUCAUGUAUGUGGGUCGAGCCAAGGUCAGGGGCAAGAAAAUUUUGUCUAGUCACAUUGACGAUCUUGUUAUGAGACUGGAAGCUAAAGAACAAAGAAAUAGUAUUAUUGCAGAAACUGGUGGCGAGUCACAUGAUAGGCGACGUCAUAAAAGUGAUUCAAGUAUAAAAAGUCUACCUACAUUACUUGAUGAAACGUCUGUAAAGGAAAAUGAAUUGCAGAAAAUGUCUCAAAAAACUAUAUUUCAAGGUGUUGAAUUGCAUAAUGAUUCUCCCACAGGAAGUAGUGACGAGGUUCAUUUGCCAGGAGACACCACUAAUGAUCUCCAUAGAAACCAACGUAGUAACAGUACAGACCAGCUUAGUGACGGUGGACACAGUUCCUCCGAGAAUGUUUCAGAUGGGCUUCAUAGCUCACAUUCUGGGGACCAGCUUAAAGAUAUGUUUCAUGGCCUACAGCAUCAUCCUGAAGGUCAUGUACAUUUUCAGGAUCACGAUAACCAUGGCAACCAUGACAGGUCAACAAAUAGAACAAUGUUGUUCAGAAUAGGGCAGAGUGAGAUUUCAUUGAUCAGUUUAGAUAAGAAACAAACAAUCAUCGAAAGGAAGUUCAAAAACAUUUCAUCUGUGUCACAGGGAAACUUAAAGCCAGAUGUAUUUGGGUUCAUAUCACGUGAGCCGGGUGCUCAACUACUUUGUCAUUUACUGCGGUGCUGUAGUCAUGAUCUGACAGAUGAGAUAAUGUCAGCAUUAAGGACAUCAUUCCAGAAUGCCUAUCAACAAAGUAGAAUACAAACACAACAAAUCUGUAUCAACUGUCCUCUACAUCAAUACCAUAAACUCUGCCAGGAUAUAAAUGGUCAAAAUGCGGAGAUAGCCUACAAUUUAUUGUGUAAAAGAAUCCAGCAACUGUUAGAGAAAGAUGCCAAUGAGCUGUAUCAUUCUUUACAGAAUGAGAAUCCCCAGUGUUACGAGGAGUCCGUGGAGGUUCUCAUGGUUGCUAUCAGGAGGCUCUGUGAACAAAAACAGAAAGAACACUCUCAUAUCUCAGAAACUAACAAAGGAUCUCAAAAAUCAGAUUUUUACCUGAUUGAGAUGAAAGACAAGGGUAACAAGUCAACCUUUGAUUUUCUACGUAACCGAGCCAAAAAAACUCUUACAAGUUCAUUUGAGAAUUUGAUAACAAAUGUUCACCACAAGACAGAAGAGAUGAAAGGAGCAUUCCGACAUCGUAGUGGAACAAAUGAAAGUGACGGGGGCAGUUUCUCAAGAUCUGUUGACACUCCCGACAUGUCCCCAGCUCCAUCCCCUGCCCUCAUUAAUAAGGAUCAACCUAAUUUUGAGUUCCCUAGCCCACCACCUUCCCCUACCCAGGGUACUCGACCUCGAAGCGCUACUGUAGGAGCUGUUCCAGACUCCAGCACUGUAGAGAGAGUGAUGGCCAGACAAGAAGAGAGACAGAAGAAAGAAAAGAAGGAACGAGAAAAACGUAGAGCCAGUGAGAGCCCUAUGAAGCACAUGUUUAUACUUGCCAAUACUGGUUCCCCUGUAAGACGAAGUUCUGGUGGUACUCGCCAUAGUGAAGAUGGGAACCAGUUACUUUCCCCAGAAUCUCACCUUGCUCACAGGCGUGGUUCCUGGCGCCAAGCUAUAUUUAACAGAGUUGUCACACCUGCCAAGCAUCCUAGUACAGAAACUUUAGAAGAAAGUGUAGAAGAGGAGGCGGAUGGGAAGAAGAAGACUUCGGAGGAACUGAGGGCACUGUGGAGGAAAGCUAUACUAGAGACAUUACUGUUAAUACGCAUGGAGAAAGAGAACAUUGACUUACAAGGAUAUUUUGUGAUGUUUGGAUCAAGAUCAGUAGUUGUGUUUAAAGCACGUCAAGAUGAGGCAGAUUUAAAACGUCAGAAGCUGGAUUACGUGGAGAUAACUCCGUGCCUGAAGGAGGUAACGAGGUUGUGGGAUGAGAUGUUGAAUAGACCUGGAAGAACAACGAUCAAAGUCGAGUAUGAAAAACUUCUCAGCUGUGUUAAGCAAGGAGUACCUCAAGCAAAACGAGGUGAAGUAUGGGAGUUUCUUAUGGAGCAGCAUCGUCUCCGGUACCCGAGCAUAGAGGAGAACACACCACAAGUUGACUACAAUGAACUUCUAAAACAACUAACAAAUCACCAGCAUGCUAUACUCAUAGAUUUAGGAAGAACAUUUCCUGGACAUCCUUAUUUUUCUAUGCAACUGGGCAGUGGUCAGUUAGCUCUGUUUAACCUAUUGAAGGCAUACAGUUUGAUGGAUUCAGAUGUUGGUUAUUGUCAGGGUCUCAGCUUUGUGGCAGGAAUUCUUCUCAUGCAUAUGGAGGAAACGGUUGCAUUUGAGACAUGGAAGCAUGUGAUGUUUAACCUUGGUUUACGCAAACAAUACAGACCUAAUAUGAUAGCAUUACAGAUUCAGCUGUACCAGUUGACAAGACUUCUGCAUGACAACUACAAGGAUCUGUACGACCAUUUUGAGAUGCAUGAGAUAGCCCCGACCCUGUAUGCUGCCCCCUGGUUCCUCACACUGUUUGCUUCACAGUUUCCUCUAGGAUUUGUUGCCAGAGUAUUUGAUCUAAUACUUAUCCAAGGACCAGAGGUGGUAUUUAAGGUUGCCUUGGUGUUGCUAGGCAACCAUAAAGAAUUGAUAAUUCAGUGCAGUUCAUUUGAGACGGUAGUAGAGUUUAUUAAGACAACACUACCAGAGAUGGGUAUGAUACAGAUGGAGAGAGUCAUUAAUCAGGUGUUCGACAUGAAUAUAUCUAAACAGUUACAGUCAUACGAGGUGGAAUAUCACGUCCUUAAAGAGGAAAUGAUGUACUCUCCUCAGCGGGGAGAUUCUGAUCUUCUUGAUAAACUAGAACAGGCCAAUCAGAGCCUUAAACAACAAAACAUGGAGUUAAUUGAGAAACUUCAGCAUUCACACAGUCAUGAGAGAAGUUUAGAGAUUAUGAUUCAUAACUUUCAAAUGCAGGAGGCCAAGUUAAAAUCUCAUAUACGCACGUUAGAAUUGGAGAGGUCAGCAUUACUUAAUGCAGUUAGUAAAUUAAAACAAUUAGUGCCCGAAUCGGAGCAACUUCAUUUAGAUAUCACCUUGCCUACAUUGACUCCCAGCAUGCCCUGCUCACCAGUGCAUCAUGGGAAGUUGUUUGAGACUCAUGGGAAAAUAACAGAGCAUGAUGGGACACCGAAAAAGAAUGAUAGUAUAGAAAAAGUGCAGAGCUCAGAGACUGUGACGUAUGAUAAGAGAAAAUCUGCGCGCUAUCAUCCUGAAAGAGAUAGUUAGUACACAAUAUAGUUACAUUGUACAUAAAAUGGUGUCUGUGUUCAUCCAAUAGCCAAAAAAACAAACAUUUGUAACCUAAUGAUCAUUGCGUCCAUUUGUUUGCUUACCAAUAUUUUUGUUCUUAAGACACUUUUGUUUUGUUAUAAAUUAUGUUGCUUUAUUGGUAACAUUGAUUUGCUUGAUUCAGCCAAUACUUUAAUGAACAAAAUGAUGCAGUUUUUUGUUCUCCCUCAUUGAUUUAUAUCAAUAUUAUGUUAUACUCUAAAGUUUUAGAAAGUCAUGUAUUUAGUUAAUGUUAGACUUUGGUAAGAGCAUUAUGUUUGAUUAACAUAGUAGAUCAGGUACUUAAAGUACUAGAUACCUACAUACAGUACAUGCAUAAUUAUGACGAAAAAAGGAAAAAAAACAAACAUUAUUUUUACUUGCAAAAAAUUGAGUCGAUGUUAUAAAUAACCUGUUCAUAAUGUAAAUCUUGUCAUAAAAAAAACAACAAUUCAAACUCAUUUCAUAUUUUUAAUAGGUGUUAAAUUUAAAUGUACGGCUGUCAAUUGUGUGCCGACAUAAGACCAUUUAUCUACUUUUCCCAUUACAUUAUCUUCCAGAUUAUACUCACAUUUUCUAAAUAUUGUAUGCAAUACAAGACAACACUGGUUCUUUUUGUAAAUUACACUUUGAAUUACCGACAAUUUUAUAAAUGUGAUAUGUAAAAUAAGUAUGUUUUAAACAGAAAGGUGCAUUUAUAUUAUUGUAACAAUUGUGUACAGUAUUUAUGAUGCUUGACUUUUCUGCCAUUUACAACUAGCUUAGUUUACCCCUAUACAAUUAAUAAUUUUUAUGCCUUUGCAUCAGUUUAAACAUUAUAUGUAAGUUGGAUUAUGAAGAAAGUUUUGAA